UAUAAGCAGCGGGCAAAUGCAUUAACUCUUCCCACAAACAUGAAAUCGGCAUUUCGAAGCGCCAUUUCUACUACCCUCGCAUUUUCAUUCCGCUCCUUAAACCCUACCCGCCACCGCCCACCUCUCACUCUUCUCUCGAAGCAUUCUCCUCUAACUUCAAUGGCCGGCGGCGAGAGUGGAACCCACGUGCCAUCGUUAGCCACUUUCCAGUCACUGGAGAAACAGUUCGAGGAAUUUCGUCACCAGCUCGAGGAUUCCGGCAGCUUGCGUGAGCGCAUUCGGAGCGUUGCUUUGGAAAUCGAGUCGGCUACGAGGCUCAUGCACUCAAGUCUUCUGCUCAUUCAUCAGUCUCGUCCUGUACCUGAGGUUUUGGAGACAGCAAAACGGCAGAUAGGUCUGAUGAGGGAAUUAUUCAGUAGGCUUGCAGAAAUUACCCGUGAAUGCCCUGGACAGUAUUACAGGUAUCAUGGGGAUUGGAAGAGUGAGACACAGACUGUCGUGUCGCUCCUUGCUUUCAUGCAUUGGUUAGAAACAGGGAGUCUUCUUCUGCACACAGAAGCAGAGGAAAAGCUUGGAUUAAAUCCUGAUGAGUUUGGCCUUGAUAUCGAAGACUAUCUCAUUGGAAUAUGUUUUAUGUCCAAUGACUUGCCUAGGUAUGUGGUGAACCAAGUAACUGCUGGGGAUUAUGACUGCCCCAGGAAAGUAUUGAAGUUCUUGACCGAUCUUCAUGCAGCAUUUCGCAUGCUCAACCUUCGGAAUGACUUUUUGCGCAAGAAAUUUGAUGGGAUGAAGUAUGACCUUAGAAGAGUUGAAGAAGUUUACUACGACGUAAAAAUUAGAGGCCUGGCAGCAAACGGGGAGAAAACAGGAGAGCAAAAUGACCAAGCACAAUCAUGAAACACGGGGCCCAGCUUUACCGCCCCUCUUCCCCUUAUUUUUAUCUUCGGGGUGCCUGGUUUUCCCCAUUCAUCCUAUGCAUGUCUCUAAUUUUCAAUGUAGAUGGUAGAGUUGCCUAUACAAAAUUCAACUGCUAGUUACUCCUACAAAAUACAGGGCUUCUCUUCUCUUUAUGCAGCUAUGUAUUUUGGUUUGGACGCAUGACAAUGAAGCAACCUUGAAAAGGCUGAGCCAGGCGUUUCACAUGCACGCCUGCGGUGUAAAGUGCAAUUUUCCACUAAUUUA